GGUUUGCUAUUUUGUUUUCUUAUGAAUUCAUUUUCAGAUAAUAGUAAUCAUUUCAACAUUAAUUUGGAUGAUUCAUUUUAAUGAACUUAGAAUGUUGUUUGACGAAGCAGCAAAUUGUAUGAAAAACUUGCCAGGAUUAAUCAUUGCUCCAAUAAUUGCACUGAUCAGCAUGAUUCUACUGAUUUUCCUUUCAGGCUACACCUUGUUAUGUAUAACAACUGCCAAAAUACCUGAAAUAUUACCAACAAACGAUAAAUAUCUGGACGAAGAUGAUCCGUUUAAAGAUCGAAGACUUUAUCAGCAAAUUGAGUAUGUAGAUUUGAAGGAAAUUCGGCAGACAUUUUGGAUUUUUAUUAUCGGAAUGCUAUGGACAUCAGAUUUUAUAUUUGCUUUUGAAGAAUUUUGUAUUGGUGCUGCUGUUGUAUUUUGGUAUUCUAAAUUUUCUAUCAAAAAUCCAUCCCUAAACGCUAUUGGAGUUUUGUUCAAAUAUCAUUUGGGAACUAUUGCUAAAGGAUCAGCAGUUAUUGCCUUGUUUAAGGUUCCAAGAUUAAUAUUUAUUUUGAUAUUUAAAAGAAUGAAAUCAAAAAGCAAUCAGUUAUGUCUUCGGUGCAUACAAUUUUUUGAAAAAUGGAUGGAAAUUUGGAAUCAUAAUGCUUAUGUGCCAGCUGCAAUGGAAACAAAUAACUUGCACUCAGCUGCUGAUGUUAAUGUUGUCGAAGAACCUUAA